CUUCUAUUGGGUCCCGUUUUGUGGUUGGUCAAUAAUUCUAUACAAUUUCCAUUUUUGUUUCCGUUAGUGCUGGGGUAAGAUGCUGGGGGUAGGACCGUUAGUGUCGUUGGCUGGCCACUAGGGUCUGACCUUUUGACGAGUUUGCAGUUUGCCUGGUAUAGAACCAACUAUGACGGUGAUGUUAUAAUAUACUAGAGCCUAUAUAACCGAAAAAAGGAUCCGGAUAGACUGAUAUAUGUCUUUCUUUAUCCAUCAUUGAUCUGAGCAUUACUCGUGAAAUAAUCAGCUGUGAGUGAGAGUGGCCUGCAAGAGAAAGCAAGAAGCAAGUCGAUCACACACCGGCCGUCACAAGAAUCAGCCAACACUCUCCAUAUAUCUUGCACCCACCAGAACUCCCCUAGACGACAAAAGCUCCUUGGGAACUGAGAUCAACUUCAAUAUCGGUUCGCUACCUUCAAAUCAUCAUUUUUCACUUUUCAAAUCUCUCACUUGGUCCCCCUUCGACUAUUGUUCUUGUGAGAGAAAACAGAUUCACUGCCGAGUCUCCACGGGCUCCGCCACCGCUAGCUGUCGGACCCUCUCAUUCUGCGGUCCAGAAGAAAUUCCUCCCGACAAACACGACUACUCCGUCCUCUUCCCGUUCAAACGUUCCUCACUUUCCUCUCCCCAUUUGACCAUCUUACACCAUCCUCAUUCCGACCAGGUGUCUUACGGCUGGACGGGAGGGUCCAUUUCGCCAUGGAAAACCUCGCGGAGAACGAGAUGCUUGUCGACGACUAUGAGCAAUAUUCCAAUGAGAAGACCGAUGUCGUCGUCGUCUCCCGCUCGGGCUCCGAUGAGCCCGAGCCCGUGCUGUCCGCCGCUGACCAUACGGCAAUGAUGGCGCGAGUCCUCCCCAAAAACCCCGACCUCGAGACCCUAGAAGAGGUUCACAAUACAUGGCACAUCCAGAACUGGAGGAAGAUGGAUAAAAAGUCCCACGGUCCGGUCUUCAAGUGCGGCGGGUCGUCUUGGCGCAUUCUCUUCUUCCCAUACGGAAACAAUUCGGAGCACGCUUCGCUCUACCUUGAACGCGCAGGGGAAGAUGAACCGCCCGAGAACUGGUAUGCCUGUGUGCAAUUUGCAUUGGUGUUGUCGAAUGUGAAGGACCCCACAAUUUACUUCUCCCACGUUGCAACCCACCGUUUCACUGCUGACGAGGGUGACUGGGGUUUCACUCGAUUCUAUGACCUCCGGGGUCUGUUCAACGAUCCGUGGAAGGGCAAGAACGUUCCGCUCGUCCAGGAUGAGGAGGCUAACGUGACCGCCUAUGUUCGCGUGGUCAAGGACCCUACUGGUGUUCUCUGGCACAGCUUCCAGAAUUAUGACUCCAAGAAGGAGACCGGUAUGGUAGGCCUCCGCAACCAGGGUGCUACCUGCUACCUCAACUCCCUUCUCCAAUCUCUAUAUUUCACCAAUGCUUUCCGCAAGGCUGUAUACGAUAUCCCUACAGAGAACGAUGCUUCUUGCGAGAACAGUGCUUGGACCCUGCAGAGACUCUUCUACAAUCUACAGACCAUGGGAAAGGCCGUGUCAACAACCGAGCUGACAACCUCCUUUGGCUGGGACUCGAGACAGGCGUUUGAGCAGCAAGAUGUCCAAGAGCUGUCGCGAAAGCUGAUGGAGCGCUUGGAGGAGAAGAUGAAGGGCACCGUUACUGAAAAGGCUCUGCCUGAGUUGUUCGUCGGAAAGACUAAGACUUAUAUCUCCUGCAUUAAUGUCGAUUACGAGUCCUCUCGUGUCGAAGAUUUCUGGGAUAUUCAAUUGAACGUUCGGGGAAACAAGACCCUCGACGACAGCUUCCGGGACUACAUCCAGGUUGAGACGCUGGAGGGUGAGAACAAGUAUGAUGCGGGACCCCCAUACGGCCUUCAGGAUGCCAAGAAGGGCGUCAUCUUUGAGAGUUUCCCGCCAGUUCUGCAUCUUCACUUGAAACGAUUUGAAUACGACCUUAACGCCCUGACGAUGAUGAAGGUCAAUGACCGUCAUGUCUUCCCGAUGGAGUUCGAUGCCGCCCCUUACCUUUCCGCUAAUGCUGACAAGUCGGAGUCCUGGGUGUAUGAGCUGCAUGGUGUGCUUGUCCACAGCGGUAGCCUCGAUGCCGGCCACUACUAUGCGUUCUUGAAGCCGACCAAGGAUGGUCACUGGUACCGCUUUGAUGAUGACCGGGUCAACCGUGCUACCGAGAAGGAGGUCCUGGAAGAAAACUACGGAGGAGAGUACGAAUUCGCCAACGGGACAACCGGUGUUCGUCAGCCGUACACGCAUAGAUACUCCACCAAGCGGUCCAUGAAUGCCUACAUGUUGGUUUAUAUUCGGAAGACCCGUUCGGACAAUGUUCUUCUCCCAAUCACUAAUGAAGACGUUCCAUCUCACAUUGCAAAGCGCGUCGCCGAGGACCGAGCGGAGAUGUUGCAGAGACAAAAGGAGAGGGAUACGGCUCAUCUGUACAUGAACGUUGGCGUUUUGAGCGAGGAGACCUUCCAGAAUCACCACGGCUUUGAUCUGACCAGCAUGGAUCUUCCAGCUGAAGACCCUGCUCUACCGGAUCAAUACCGGAUUCUUCGCACCAAGACACUUAGCGAGUUUGCACAGGAGAUUGCCGAAGAGCGCGGUAUCGAUUCAAACUCCAUUCGAUUCUGGACGAUGGUCAGCCGUCAAAACAAGACGAUUCGCCCCGACCAAGUCAUCGCCGACAAGGAAAUGACGAUCGAAGAAGCUUACACCAAGUACGGCCCCCGCACUAAUAGCCCCAAUGCUCCGCCUUUCCGACUGUGGAUGGAUGUCUCGCCUCUAGGCCCUAGUGGGCAACCCCAAGAAUGGUCAGACAGUGAUUCCAUUUUGAUUUUCUUGAAGAACUUUGAUGUGACCACGCAAACACUGUCCGGUAUUGGCCCCGUCUAUGUCCACAAGAACCAAAAGGUGCAAGACUUGGCGCCCAUCAUUCUCUCAAAGAUGAAUUGGCCUGCCGGGACGGACUUUAUGCUGUUUGAGGAGAUCAAGCACAAUUUGAUCGAGGUGAUGAAGCCCAAACAGACCCUCCAACAGGCGGAGAUCCAGGAUGGAGAUAUCAUCACUUUCCAGCGAACUGUGAAGGACUCGGAGCUUCCAUCGACGGCUCUGUACACGGACGCUAGGCAAUACUAUGAUUACCUUCUCAACCGGAUGGACGUCAGUUUCGCCCCUAUUAAGACUGGUGAUGGUGAUGGGUUCACCCUGGCGCUUAGCCGCAAGAUGACCUAUGAUCAGUGGUCAAAGAAGGUGGCAGAACAUUUGGGCGUGGAGCAUACCCACCUUCGGUUUGCGCCCGUCAUGGUCAGCACCGGCAAGGCCAAGGCUUUCCUGAAGCGGACCACUACUUCUACUCUGGCUCAAACCCUCAGUGGCCAAUACGGCGCAUACGGGUACACUGUGCAUAGGUCCGAUGCCUUGUACUAUGAGGUCUUGGACAUGAGUUUGAGCGAAUACGAGAGCAAGAAGUCUUUCAAGGUGACGUUGCUGCCGGAGGGCAUCACGAAAGAGGAAUUGGUAGAGGUUCUGGUGUCUCGAAACGGUACUGUCGCUGAGCUUCUUGAUGUUUUGCAAAAGAAGGCCAAUCUCGACGAGAAGGUCAUCCAAGAGAUGAGGCUCUUUGAGGCCCAUAGUGGCAAGCUCUAUAAGGAGCUCAAGGAAGACACCAAUGUAUCCGCCAUCAAUGAGUACUCUACGCUCUAUGCGGCGAGAGCACCGACCGAGGAGCUGAAUAUGGAAGGCGACGAGCGGUUGGUUAGCGCUUUCAACUUCGACCGGGAGCCUAACCGUACCCAUGGAGUACCUUUCAAGUUUGUUGUAAAGCCGGGUGAAAUCUUCAAGGAGACCAAGGAGCGUCUUUCCAAGCGCACAGGUAUCAAGGGCAAGCCGUUUGAGAAGAUCAAGUUUGCCGUCAUCCCCCGUGCAUCGUUCACGACCCCCAAGUAUCUUGAAGAUGAUGACAUUCUCUCUGAUGUGAUCGGCCCUGACGACUACCUGGGUCUUGACCAUCCCGGCAAGAGUCGCGGAUUCUGGGGCAAGAGCGAGAGCUUCUUCAUUCGAUAAAGUAAUUCCCCGGGAGGGGGGCGCUUGUGGGGUUUUUGCGGGCGGGCUCGAUGCUUGCGAUCCGGUACAUGAGCAAUUGACAGCCCGAAGUGAUGAUUAUGUUCUUUCUUCCUUUUCCGAUUUUAAAUUCCUUGUUUUCUCCCUUCUAUUUCUAUCAAGUCUGCGUCUAUCCUAUAGCCCCAUAGUAAGAGUAGAGCGAAUAAGACGACCCUCUAAUUGUACCAAUUAAAGUUUGUGAG